AUGCUGCGGGCAGCCAAGAAGCAGCGGCUGUUGAAGGCUGAGGAGGAGCUCGCGGUGAUCAACGCGACUCCCGGGAGGAAGCAAGCGGAAGCUUCGGACCCCAGCACGUGCUUAAAGGACAUGGUCUUCAUGCUGCAUUCCACCAAGAACUAUCGCAUCGACUUCGACGAGUGGUCUCCCCUUGUGCGAACCAUGACAAGACCUGCAGGAAGCAUCGUCAAGUCGAUGACUAAGUCCGUCACUCACGUUCUGACCACCAGCGGCGCGCAUACGGCGGGUGGCAGCGCGAUCAAGGAGGCGGUGAAGAGGAAGCUCCCGGUGGUGAAGUUGGAGUUCGUGGAAGCAUGCAUCUCAAGCGGGAAAAGACUGACUGAGCAGCCCUACCUCCUGUCCGGGGAAGCGACAGAGGACCCCGAGAAGAAGAAGAAGAGCUCUCAGUCCAAGACUGUCAAGAUCAUGGUGAAGGGGAAAGGUGCCGUCGACGUGGAGUCCGGCCUUGCCGACGAUUCGCACAUUCUAGAAGUUAGGGACAACAUCUACUCCGCCACCCUGAAUCGAACGGACAUCUCAGAGGGCCUCAACAGCUACUACGUGCUGCAGAUCAUCGAGUCGGACGACAGCAAGACGACUCAUCUGUUCCGCAAGUGGGGGAGGAUCGGAGUGGAAUCCAAGGGGACGAAGCUGGAGAAGAUGCCCAAGGACUCCUGCAUCCAUGAGUUCGAGAAGCUCUUCCAGGAGAAGACCGGCAACCCCUGGCGAGAUCGCACCCCAGAUCGCUUCACCCAGCAGCCCGGCCGGUUCGCCAUCAUGGAGAUCGGUAUUGCAGCGGCCGACGAACACGGAUCCCAGCUCCAGAAGGACACCUCCUCGAAACUCCCACCUACCGUCGCCAGUCUCAUCCAGCUGAUCUUCGACAUCGACAACGACGACACGCCCCUCAUCCAACAGAAGGCGAAUGUCAAAGAAGAAGCAGGUAAGAAGAAGAAGAGGGCGAAAGAGGAGGACGCUGUUGAGGACGACGAUGUGCCAUUGUCGAAGAUGAAGAAGGAGAAGGCAGCUCCCCGUGAGACUGUCAAGAAGGAGAACACAGCCUCGAGCGAGCUGGACAAGAACGUGAAGGCAAUCAAAGCACACAGUGACAAGCUGUUUGCUAUCCGCAAUGCCCUGAAAGACGUGUCAAGGAACCUUCUCAAGGAAAGAAAUCCUUGA